AUGAAGCUUACUCCCAGAUCCCAGACCGGGAACGACCUUCAUGAUCCUCGCAGAAGACCGAAACGACCCCGGCGUUCCCCAAUAAAGCCCGAGUCGUCGCUGGAUGCGCCAUACCGUUUCCCAAGUAUUUUAAUGGGAUCUACUCAGAAUGACCUGGUCCCGCCCUCGGGCUUGCACCGCUUACCACGACCACCAAGCUUGCCGAAUCCCCUUCCUCCCCCACCAGCUGGAUGGCAGGGCGAACAGAUGACCGAGUGGCUGAGAGCCAAAACUGAGGAAGAUCGUCGCAAGCAGGCUGAGGAGAGGACGCAACAGGAGAGUUUGAUUCUGGAACAGCGUCGUAUUGAGCAGUCUAUGCUGGCUGAUUGUUUGAGGGCUGGUAUGCCGCCGCAUUUUCUUCCAUGGAUUUUUGCGGCUUUUCAGCAUACUUCUGCUGCAGCUCAGUAUGCUCCUACGGUGCCGCAGCUGAGUUCCAAUAUGGAGUUUCAACAGUGGUCGACGGCUACUAGAACUGCUCAACCCCAAUCUCAAGCUCAAUCUCAAUCUCAAGCUCAGCCUCAAGCCUUAGCUCAAUCUCAACCGCCUCCUUUACCUUCUUUGUCUGCUCAGGCUCAACAGCAGACCUAUCAUGGACCUGUGUCUUCCAUGAAUCCGCCGCCGUCUCAGGCUCAGCAGCCAGCGCAAACGCCAGCACAGCCUGUACAGCAAUCACCUACAAUCGCAGCCCAAUUUGCCGCGGCUCGAGCGGUUGUGAAAAAGGUUGCCAGCGUUGAAAAUUCCAAGAGUCAUAAUUCCAAGACCACAUGUUUCAGACAAUCGUUCCCUAUCAUGGGCCCUGUCUCUCAUCCGCCUCGAUCCAUGGAGCUCCAAGGCAAAUCCCGGACCUCUGGUGCGCGACACACGACUACUGCACCUCCUCAUUUCCCACCUCUUCCUAAUUGGGCCUGGGACUACCGUCAGCCGCCACCUCUCGCCUUCCACCACUGGACUCCGCCAGAGAGUCUGCAAGCUCAAUCCCAAUCGCAAUCGCAAUCGCAAUCGCAAUCACAGAAUCCAGUAAUCACAACCCAUGAUUCUGGUGCUCCUCCAAAACCACCUGCGUCGGACCUCCGUUCAGAGCAAAACUCCCCAGUCCAAAAACGGAAAGACGAGAGAUCGCAUCAAAAAGUGCCUCCCCCUCAUCUCGUGCACUCGAUGCUUCUACCAGAAGACAAGGUUCAAGCGACAACUCCCGUGGAAUCUGGUCGCAGCAUCAUCGGCGCCAAAUCAGUGAUGUGUCUAGCACAGAAGGAGCUUGUGGUAAUGACGAGGGCGAGUCUUCCGAGCAAUUCUCUGAAAUGA